GGCCCGGCGGCCCGGGAAUCCCCUCCUCCUCCGGUGGCGGUGGCCAGCCCGAGCCGGGCGGCCGUGCUGUCGUCGUGCCUGCGGGCGUCGGGUCGAGGUGGAGGAGGAGAGCCCCAGGGCCUCGCCCCCGCCCGCCGCCCGGGUCCCAGCGGCGAGGCUCCCGCUGCGGCCGGAGGGCAGGUGUGAUAAUGGGCUGCAUUAAAAGCAAAGAGAACAAAAGUCCGUCCAUGAAGUACAGAACUGAGAUCACCCCGGAGCCCACCAGUGCCGAUGUCAGCCCCCGUGGAGCCGAGCUCAGUGCCGUGGCACCUGCCCCCUCAGCCAAGGGGGCGUCUGUCAGUUUCAACAGUCUCGCUAUGACGCCAUUUGGAGGGUCCUCCGGGGUGACACCCUUUGGAGGGACAUCUUCCUCUUUCUCAGUGGUGCCAAGCUCCUACCCUACGGGCUUAACAGGUGGAGUCACUGUGUUUGUGGCCUUAUACGACUAUGAAGCGAGGACCACAGAGGAUCUCUCAUUCAAGAAGGGGGAAAGGUUUCAGAUAAUUAACAAUACGGAAGGGGACUGGUGGGAAGCGCGGUCCAUCGCCACAGGGAAGAACGGCUACAUCCCUAGCAACUACGUAGCCCCCGCAGACUCCAUCCAGGCGGAAGAAUGGUAUUUUGGGAAAAUGGGGAGAAAAGAUGCUGAAAGGUUACUGCUGAAUCCUGGGAAUCAACGAGGCAUUUUCUUAGUAAGAGAGAGUGAAACUACUAAAGGUGCUUAUUCUCUCUCUAUCCGUGACUGGGACGAGGUGAAGGGGGACAAUGUGAAGCAUUACAAAAUCAGAAAACUUGACAAUGGGGGAUACUACAUCACAACCAGAGCGCAGUUCGACACUCUGCAGAAACUGGUGAAACACUACACAGAACAUGCUGAUGGCUUGUGCCAUAAGUUGACAACUGUGUGUCCGACUGUGAAACCCCAGACGCAAGGCCUAGCAAAAGACGCCUGGGAAAUCCCACGAGAUUCUCUGAGACUAGAGGUGAAGCUGGGACAAGGAUGCUUUGGUGAAGUGUGGAUGGGGACAUGGAAUGGAACCACAAAAGUAGCCAUCAAGACACUGAAGCCGGGUACCAUGAUGCCUGAAGCCUUUCUUCAGGAGGCCCAGAUAAUGAAGAAGCUGAGACAUGAUAAGCUUGUCCCUCUCUAUGCUGUUGUUUCUGAAGAGCCGAUUUACAUUGUCACUGAAUUCAUGUCAAAAGGAAGCCUGUUGGAUUUCCUGAAGGAAGGAGACGGCAAGUAUCUGAAGCUCCCACAGCUGGUCGACAUGGCUGCUCAGAUUGCGGAUGGCAUGGCGUACAUUGAAAGAAUGAACUAUAUUCAUCGAGACCUUCGAGCUGCUAAUAUUCUCGUAGGAGAAAAUCUUGUGUGCAAGAUAGCAGACUUUGGUUUAGCAAGGUUAAUCGAAGACAAUGAAUACACAGCAAGGCAAGGUGCAAAGUUUCCAAUCAAAUGGACCGCGCCCGAGGCCGCGCUGUAUGGCCGAUUUACAAUCAAGUCUGACGUCUGGUCCUUCGGGAUCCUGCAGACAGAGCUGGUCACGAAGGGCCGAGUGCCCUACCCAGGUAUGGUGAACCGAGAAGUGCUGGAGCAGGUGGAGCGAGGAUACAGGAUGCCUUGCCCUCAGGGCUGUCCGGAAUCCCUCCAUGAAUUGAUGAACCUUUGUUGGAAGAAGGACCCUGACGAAAGGCCGACAUUUGAAUACAUUCAAUCCUUCCUGGAAGACUACUUCACUGCUACAGAGCCACAGUACCAGCCGGGAGAAAAUUUAUAAUCCAAGCUGCCUCUCUUAGACGCACAGAUCUGCCCAGUAUGAAAAAUGUGUGUCGACUUGCUCACACACGGGCCAGGAGACCCUCCUCAUGCUGCAUGUUUUUAACGGUAACUGGAAUCCCAGACACAGUGGCACAAGACCGCUCUUUACCCCCAAGUGUUAAACUCAAAAGCAUCCGUGAUUAAUUCUCCAGCUUAUUUUCAGGGUCCAAAGAAACUAUAGCUAAGGUGUGGGAAAUAGUGUGAGUGAUAGCAUGGGAAGGAGGAGCAGCAAGACAGCCAUUUAUCAGCCCUUUCAUCCCCAAAGGCAGAAUCAUUAAUAGUGAGUAUUUAUCACUAUAGACAAACCCUUGGAAAUAGGCUAUAGGAAAAGAUAAAAUUAAGGAACUUCAUGGGACCAAACAAUUCCAUUCCAGUUUUUCUUUUUAAUUUCUCAGUAUCUGCAAAAGUUUUUUGUUUGUUUUUCUAAAUUGAGUAGUUGAGAGGCGUCCUCACACGUGCCAUCCUCUGCCUGGAGGCGAAGCAAGUGUUUAGAGGCAGAGAAGAAUACAAACAGCGUCCGAAGCUGGAUUUAAUGUUAGAGCACAGCCGUGAGGUGUGAAAGUGUGACGCUGUGCUCAUACCUGUGGACCUGAGAGUAAAGUCCUCACUUGAAUCUGUUCAGAAGAGUGAAGAUAACUUGAGCGUGAACUGGCCUUUCACAAGGGUGUGUGGAUCUGCUUCAAGUCACUGUCUGAUUAACACUGUACCGUGGAAGUGAGUAGCGCGUGGUCAGCAGUAGCAGGAAGGAAUGAGACCCAGCGCUUACGCGGUCCCUUGAAAAGCAGGCAAGGCCUGUGAGGGAUCGCUGAGAUGUGCUGAUGGUGACAGGCACCGCCAGUGGGAAGUGCCGCUAGAUCAGGGAGCUGAAUGCACUUUUGCUCAUAGUAAAUAUAAACUAGCAGAGAGGGAAUUAUUUAGAAAUAGGAGAAGAGAAUGGGGAAGUCUUACAGAUAGGAGAAUGGGAUGUCAUGUUUAAUGUCGAUGGUAUAGACCGACAGAGAUGGCUUUGCUGGCACUCAAAGCUUACCUAUUUCCUGAAAUUUUAAGAAGAUGAGGUAUAACUAUAAAACUGUUAAUUCUUAACAUAAACACUAAGUAGAGUUAUAGCCUCAAAGCAACUAGGUUGAUUAAGUCUCCCCACUAAUCCCAGGCACGUAGCUUUAUGCAAAGCCUCCAUCAAACCCCGGUUUCCAAAUCUUCUUAUGAAUCUACAUUCAUCUUAAAAUGAUGUACUUGGUGAUCAUUUUUUCCUUUUUAGAAUUAGGUUUAUUUGGGGAGGGAAAUGUCUUCAUGAUAGCAGUGGUGAAAGGGGGCAUGUCUUUGCCUAUUUAAAUUGCAGAAGUGAGUCAUACAGAAUAAGACAAUUUUUGUUUGUUUUAUUUUAGGGGGAAAAAAUGUCAGAAUAGGACUUUCAGAAGUGCCACUAAUGGUUUGCAUCUAGCAGAGGGACUGAGUCUGACAAAGCUGUGUUCAUGUUUCAAAGUAGUCUCUUCUACAGUCAGGCUUUAGCUAUACAGGCCUUAUAUUUUAGGAAGAUCAUCUUUUUUUUUUAUUACUCUGGCUUAUGGUCGUGGAGGGGAUUGAACCUGGGACUCUGGAGCCUCAGGCAUGAGAGUCAGUUUGCAUAACCAUGAUGCUGUCUCCCCCUGCCCCAGGAAUGUCAUUUUUAACCCUCAUCACUUACGUGAUUUAAUCAUUAACUUAAGAGUUCUGUGCCAUGGCACCUGUGCUUGGUUCAUAUUUUUACAAUGUGGGGGACAGAUGACCUUCACGCCGGUUGACAGCCCUCUGGUACUAAACAUUGUGGUGAUCUGUGGUGUUUACACGACCAGCUUAGUAUUGAAUUCCUCCUGCAAGAUCUUCCUUCCUCCAAAGACUGUCUUCAUCAUUGACCUCCAGUGUCUACAGCCUGGGACACUAGAUUCUUAAAGGGCUUUCUGUGAACUGUGACACUAUAAUUUUUCUAAGUAUUUUAAAAAGGAUAACAAAGCUCUAUGUCUAUGUACUAAUUCUGUUUCAGGAAAAGUUGAUAUGGUCUCGUUAGGCUUCAGCUGAAUAGAGCAGUCCCUCAUAGUAUUGGUUGUAUAUUAAGGAAAUAAAACACUAACUUAAUGUGUAUUCACUUUAAAUGAUUAUGUAUUUUUAAAUUGACAAGAAAAAUAAACAACUUUGUAUAUUUGAA